UUCAAAUUCCGUGUUUGUGGUCAGUUUUCCACGGCCAGAGUGUACUCAAACCGGAGUGGCUUGCUGGACGGAAGUACGACAAAUUACGAGAGCACGCCCUUUCGUGCUCGUUUCGAAAUGGGCAAUGGGCAAUGGGAAAUGACGCGCCACGACGGCUGAAGAGCGCGUUGGAGAGAAGGACCUCCCGCCUGCAGCGAAGAGGAGUUGAGUCACAUUUUCAAUAUGGCAGACACCGCCACCAUCCAGCGUCAGUUCGACUGCCUUUCCUUGGAACCCGCAAAAACAAUGGUUUCGUGCUCACUGUAGCCAAUUCACGGAGAGACCCGUCUCUCUCAAACGUGAUACCAUUCAUCCCUGCGAAGGAGAUUAGGCGCGUAUGCAGCCUCGAGUUCCCCGUUUCAUCAACAUUUCCGAGUUAUGAUGUGAAUAUAUUGACGUCCCGCCUCGCACCGCUCAUAAAGUCAUCAUGCCAGCGGGGGAUGGUCUCCGGGAGCGGCCGGUGCCAUCAAGGACAGUGGCGAAACCGGAGCUGCGAAGUGUCGCUGCUGGAUAUUGGGGCCACCUAUAUCAUCUGUGACCCCCAAAAUAUAUCAUCCUCACCCAGACAUGAAGAAGCAUGCGUCAGCUGGCGAGUUCAGUGGCUUGUAGUGGGCGACUCUGCCGCGACCGUCUGCACGAUGUUCGCCUCGAGCCGCGAGCGGACAAUCUAUCCUGCCUUGGCCCUGGGAGGUUGUAGCCAUACGAUGAUGGGUAUCCCAAGGCCUGUUUGAGCUCCUGCAUGCCGCCAGAAGCGUUUGAGAAGAACUUCGAGAUGUGUCGAUGGCGCAAAUGACACAUGCGGCGAAGCAUUCCAUUCGUUCCCAAGAGAUUGUGUCUUCCACCCAUCAAUCAUGGUUCCAUAAUGACAAGACGGUGUGUAUGCAGCGACUGCCGAAAACGUCCGAUUGCAUGUCGUCGUCGUCAGAUUUCAGACCCAUCAGUGGGCUGCGGCUAAGAGACGCCGACAUGAACAACAA